ACAAGCAAAAAUAAGCCAGCCAAAGAAGACACAAAAGUGAUCAGCGUCCAUACAACGAGCAGGGGGAAAAACCUAAUCUCGCCUUGAAGUGAACUUCAAACUAUACAACACCACAGAUCAGCACAAUAACAGCAACAACAACACUUUAUUCCCUCACAGAGCAAACAGAAAAAACUCUGCAAACCAAGAUGUCAGACGGUAUCGAAGUUGAACAAAUGGUGGAAAUUGUUGAAACUAAACCAAGAAGGAUGCCAAUGGCCACCUCUUUGGAUAAGGAUGCCAUACGUGAAGCAUAUGAAGAUGUGCGUUCAGAUCUCACAGACACAGAAUGGGCCGUUUUCAAAUUCGAUGGUCCCCAAAUAAUCUGCUCCAUUCGUGGCCAAUGCUUUGAAGAGUUCCGCCAGCAAUUCGGUGAUAAUGAGCGUGCUUUCGGCUACAUCCGCAUACAGAUGGGCGAUGAAAUGUCCAAGAGAAAAAAAUUCAUUUUCCUCACUUGGAUUGGUCAAGAUGUGGGUGUCAUACAAAGAGCUAAAAUGUCAACGGACAAGGCCAUCAUCAAAGAUGUCUUAAAUAAUUUCGCUGUGGAGUUGCAGGCGGGCGUUGACAAUGAAUUGGACAUUGAACUCUUCCGUGAUGCUUUAAAUCGUGCUGGUGGUGCUAAUUACGGAACUGGUGUCCGUAAUUUUUAAGGAACAACCAAAACCCACAAAACCAACAAAAAACAAACCCCAGCAACUGAAACAAAAAACUCUCAUGCAACAUGAAGAACGAUCGUUGCCAUCCCACACAAUCGAUGUAAGGCCGCCAGGAUGACCACCUCAUCCUCCAGCUACACCUCCUACUCCUCUAUGUCGAUUGUUUGCAAAGUGCACUUGUACUUUUUUUCUCUCCUCCUCCUCCUUCUCUUCGAUUUGAAUGCAAGCAGAAGAAGAUUUAAGACGUUUUUAUUAUUUUUUUUUUUAUAUAAGAGCAAACAAAAUGUUGCAAUAAAAGUCCUGAUUAGCUUCUAAGUGUAUUUAAGGCAUUACAUUUUUAACUCUGACAUGAUUAGACGAUAAUGAUGGCGAUGAUGAUGAUGAUC